GACACUUCUUUUUGAGGCCCCCAGGUGUUGCAUCAGCUCUGGAUCCGAGAACUCAUCACCCACCAUGGUGGGGCCCACCUCCUGCAAGGGUAUCAAGCUAUCAUCAGCCAUGUUUAUUAUAUGGCUUUGAUUGAAAUCCUUCUGGAAAUUGAAUUUGAGCUGAGCCACAAAGAGGCUGCCACUUUGUUGUAGGGUCCCGGAGACCUCCAACAAAGGUGGGGAAGCUUGCCUACAUUGGCAGGACUGGACAACCCUGAAGAAAAAGCCCUGGAUAACCUCAGAUGGAGUCUGGGCAGAGAGCCUCACUACAAAGAUAACAUCAGAAUUGCUGAGCACCAAAGGAAACAAGCUGGCUCAAGUGAACCAGAAUACAAAGAGUGGACAUGCUGACUUUUGCUCAUUCUCCCCUUGUCCUCAAACUGUUUCCUUUUAUUGGCCAAGCACACCUGGAGACUAACCGGCAUUCUGGGUUGUCUUCUGCAUUAGAGCUGUGCUGGGCACAGGGCCUGUGGAGAUGCAUCGGCACGAACCCCAUCCUGGAAAAGUGAGAAGUCCAGUGGGGCUCUGCAGGUCCGGCAUGCCUAGGCUGGGGGCUUUCGGCGGUGCCCGCGCAGGGCUGGGACUGUUGCUGGGCACCGCCUCGGGCCUGGGACUCCUGUGUGCCCUUUACCACCAGCGUUGGAAACGGACCCAGCGUCAUGGCCAGAGCUUGCCCAAUUCCCUGGAUUACGCGCAGACUUCAGAGCCGGAACGCCAGGUGAGGCCACUGCGGGCAGUCCCAGGUGAGGCUGGAGAUGCUGCAGUGCUGGCCAGCCUUCCGCGAGCAGGGCAGGAGGAGGUGCUGGACCGCCUGGACUUUGUGCUGACCAGUUUGGUGGCCCUGCGGAGGGAGGUGGAGGAGCUGCGGAGUAGCCUGCAGGGGCUUGCUGGGGAGAUUGUUGGGGAGGUUCGAUCUCACUUGGAAGAGAACCAGAGAGUGGCUCGGCGACGAAGGUUCCCAUUUGCCCGAGAGAGGAGCGACUCCACUGGCUCCAGCUCUGUGUACUUCACGGCCACCUCCGGAGCCACGUUCACAGACGCAGAGAGCGAAGGAGGUUACACAACAGCCAAUGCCGAUGAGUCUGACUAUGAGCGGGACUCCGACCGGGAAAGUGAGGAUGGUGAAGAUGAAGUGAGCUGCGAGACCGUGAAGAUGGGAAGAAAGGCUUCUCUGGACCUGCAGGUGGCUUCGAACCAGGUGCCUACAGCCCUGGAGGCUGUUAGUGGCUCUGGCCUGGAGGAUGUGCUGCCCCUGCUUCAGAAGGCUGACGAGCUGCACCAGGGCAGUGAGCAGAGCAAGCGGGAGGGCUUCCAGUUGCUGCUCAACAAGAAGCUUGAGUAUGGAAGCCGGCAGGACUUUCUCUGGCGCCUAGCUCGGGCUUAUAGUGACAUGUGCGAGCUCAGUGAGGAGGUGAACGAGAAGAAGUCAUUCGCCCAGGAGGGAAAAGAAGAAGCAGAGGCUGCUCUGGAGAAGGGGGAUGAGAGUGCUGAAUGUCACCAAUGGUAUGCGGUGCUUUGUGGUCAGCUGGCUGAGCAUGAGGGCAUCCAGAGGCGAAUCCUGAGUGGCUUUAGCUUCAAGGAGCAUGUGGACAGAGCCAUCACUCUCCAGCCAGACAAUCCCAUGGCUCACUUUCUACUUGGCAGAUGGAACUACCAGGUUGCUCAUCUAACCUGGCUGGAAAAAAAAACUGCCACAGCCUUGUUUGAAACUCCUCUAAGUGCCACUGUACAGGAUGCGCUCCAGAGCUUCCUAAAGGUGGAAGAACUACAGCCAGGAUUUUCCAAAGCAGGAAGGGUAUAUAUUUCCAAGUGCUACAGAGAACUGGGAAACAACAGUGAAGCUAGAGAGUGGAUGAAGUUGGCCCUGGAGCUGCCAGACCUAACUAAGGAGGAUUCAGCUUUUCAGAAGGACCUGGAAGAAUUGGAAGUAAUUUUAGGAGAAUAAUCAGAUUUUGAUGGCCCUCAUGGGGAAGAAAAUCAAGUCUUUAGGCCCUGCUUAGAUCAGGAAACUGAGCAAGGCUAUUUAAGGGAGGGCCCUAAUUCUUGGGUUUGACUGAUACUAUUUGCCCCAAUUUUCCUUGCCCGUUUUCCACGGGUUAAUUUAUUCUAAUCCCUUACCUAAUCUGAAAUUGGGGAAGUACCUGAGGCCUGGGUUUUUCUUCUCACCCUCAAGCCAAUUCUUUAAAAAUCAAGACUAGUAGAGCACUGAAAGCUGCCUUCCAACUGCUAGGAGGUGGAUGAACUUUAGAGAGCUAGAGGAACAAAAUAUAGAACUGUACUCUCCAAUAUUUUUCACUGAUUAAUAUUUAACACCAAAGUACAUAGUCCUAAGAACAUACCUACAUACAUAAGGGCAGUUCAGAGAUACUGCUUCUCUCACCUAUCAUGUAGAUUCUAACUGUUUCCUGGGCUGGACCACUUGACUUUUGGCAGCUUUGGGGGUAACAGCCUGUGAGACUCUGUGAAAUGAUGAUCUGAAGAGUUGCCUGGAAUAUAUUUUGUUACAAAGUUGAAAUAAACCAAAUUUG